AUGGAACUGGAGGUUAUGAUAAAUAUGGGUACUAUGCGGGCGUUUAUUGAGAAAUACCUGAUAGACUCCCAAAAUGCCAACCAAAUGCUACUGGAGAUUGAGUCCCGGGGCGGGGAUAUAAUUGCACUGAAAACAGAUAUGACUGAAAUUCGCAAUUUGUACCUGAGUGUGGACCUACCCUACCGGGUGCUCUCAAUGCGCAAACGGAAUGGAAAGGCAUCUAUCAAAUCUAUCAAAGAGAUUUGUUUGGGCAUACAUUUCAAAGCACAUUCAGGGAACAAUCGACACGAUAGACUCCCGGAAUUAAUAGCUAUAAUAGCCGCCGAUGGCAGACAAACAGAGGUCACUUCAGUGGAUGAUAUCUCCAGGGAUAACCCAUUGAAAGAGUUUCAGCAGGAAGUGGAUAUAAUUAUUGGUGAUAUUGAGUCCAUUGAAUCAAUGGUAAAAAAAGUGGCCACAAUUCAUGGAAAGAUAUUAAAUUCACGACAAAACUGCGAUGAUCUCAGACAAGAUUUAGAGAAUCUAAUGGCAGACAUUACAAGGACUGCGAGAAAUGUCAAUCAAAAGCUGAAAGAUAAUGCGAGAAAUACAGAGGUUUUAGAGGGGAAGUCAUUGUCGUGGAUGAGCGCAGACAUACGAAUACGAAAAACACAACAUAACAUGCUGUCCCGCAUGUAUGUCCAGUGUAUGAGUGACUACAACACCAUCCAGGACAGUUAUAAUAUGAAAUAUAAAGGCCUAAUAAAACAACAGUAUGCUAUAACUAAUCGGUCGGUGACCGAUACUGAGCUGGAUGAAAUGCUAGAUAGUGGUAAUUUACACGUUUUUGUCGAGGGAUUCCUAUCAGACAAACAACAGGCCAAACAAAUGCUUCGGGAUAUUGAGGCCCGACAUCGGGAUAUCAUAAGACUCGAGAAGAUAACUGACCAGGGCGAAAUAAUGGACAGAAUCGAGGAACAGGUAAUUAGAUCCAAAGAAUAUGUAGAAAAGGCUAACUUGGAGAUAGAGACCGCUCGCAAACAUAAGGGAAAUGCCUAUAAAUACCGAAUUAUAUGUCUGGCCAUCAUUGUGGCUAUUAUUAAAUAA